AAGUGCUUUAAUAUCUUGGUUUUUGGGCUUACUGGUCACAUUUAUGGAAAAUCAAGAAAAUUAAACUGAAUAUUAACAGUGAUAUAAUCACCGAAACAGGACCCAAAUGUAUUCCACAAAUGCUAUUAUCCUAUGUUAUAAUACACAACUAGAAAGCUGCUAGAAAACCCCCCAGUGGGCGCGCAGAGGCAGCACCGUCAGCAUCCAGAGUCCAGAGCCAAGGUGAGACGCAGGACGCAGGGCGAGAGGCAGUCAGUCAGAGUCAGACAGGUGGCCAGGAGGCUGACAGGAGUCCGGUACGCAGGAGCUGCAGCUGCUCGCUUUGGGACGUAGUUUCGGGUCGUAACGACUUAAUGAACUGAAAGUGAAGUAAUUUGGCGCAGCAGUCUUCUGUGAGUGUUACCAGUUGCCUGUCAUGAUGAAGAGGAGCAGCAGAACAAAAACAACAAGGCAUUCUCAGAAAUCCAGGUGGAGCAAUGAGGGGAGAGCCAUGAUGCUGCAACAAGUCACGGCCAAACCCCGGAGACAAGUUUUUCGGGGAGCUGGCUACCUGUAUCAGGCUCAACCCUCCUCCUGCCUUUCCGUGACAGAGGAACUUUUCUUGGAUGCUGCAGAAUAUGGCAACAUUCCCGAAGUGAGGCGGAUGCUAGAGGAGCUGCCGGACCUCAACGUCAACUGUGUGAACUACAUGGGCCAGAAUGCACUGCAGCUGGCAGUUGCCAAUGAGCAUUUAGAGGUGACUCAACUCCUGCUUGAGAAGGAAGACCUCUCUAGAAUAGGAGAUGCCUUGCUGUUAGCCAUCAGUAAAGGCUACAUCCGUAUAGUGGAGGCCAUACUGGGCCACCAGGCCUUUGCAGACGGUCAGAGGCUGACGAACAGUCCCAGCCAGGCAGACAUGUGUGAUGACUUCUUUGCCUAUGACGAGGAUGGCACACGUUUCUCCCACGACAUCACUCCCAUCAUCCUGGCCUCCCAGUGCAAUGAGUAUGAAAUCGUGCAUAUACUUCUCAUGAAAGGGGCCCGUGUGGAGCGGCCCCAUGACUACUUCUGCCAGUGCAGGACCUGCAGCGAGAAGCAGAGGAACGACUCAUUUAGCCAUUCACAAUCCCGCAUCAAUGCAUAUAAAUGUCUGGCCAGUCCAGCGUAUCUGUCCCUCUCCAAUGAAGACCCAGUGAUGGCAGCUCUGGAGCUGAGCAACGAGCUCGCAGUUCUGGCCAACAUUGAGAAGGAGUUCAAGAAUGAUUACAAGAAACUGUCCAUGCAGUGUAAAGACUUUGUGGUGGGACUCCUGGAUUUGUGCCGAAACACAGAGGAAGUGAAGGCCGUCUUAAAUGGGGACACUGAAUCAUGCCAACGCUCUGAGACCUUAGGCAGACAAAACCUUAUCAGGUUAAAACUUGCAAUAAAAUAUGAAGUUAAAAAGUUUGUGGCACAUCCAAACUGCCAACAGCAACUCCUCUCCAUCUGGUAUGAGAACUUGUCUGGACUACGUCAGCAAACCACAGCAGUUAAAACCCUUCUUGUCCUCGGCGUAGCUGUCGGGUUGCCUGUUCUGUCAUUUAUGUACUGGAUAGCACCAUCGAGUAAGUUAGGGAAACUCAUGUGUGGACCUUUCCUGAAGUUUGUGGCCCACGCAGCCUCCUUCAUGAUAUUUCUUUGCCUGCUGGUCCUGAACGCGGCAGACCGUUUUGGGGGAACAUCGCUGCUGCCGAACAUGACCGCCCACGAUCACCCUUCGCAACUGUUUCGUAUGAAGACCACCCCCUUCACCUGGAUGGAGAUUCUCAUCAUAUCCUGGGUCAUAGGGAAGAUCUGGGAAGAAUGUAAAGAUAUUUGGUCGCAGGACAUCCGGGAAUACAUCUCAGAGCCCUGGAACCUUCUUGACUUUAGUAUAUUGGCCAUUUUUAUGACCUCUUUCAUUGCCAGAUUAAUGGCUUUCUGGCAUGCAUAUUCCGCCCAGUGUUAUGUUGACAAGCAUUACACUGACCUGUCCAACAUGACCUUGCCCUUUGAGAUACAGUAUUUCCAGCUGGCUCGAAUCAACUGGAUGCCCUCAGACCCGCAGCUUAUUUCUGAAGGCCUCUAUGCAAUUGCAGUUGUGCUGAGUUUCUCUCGCAUUGCAUACAUCCUGCCUGCCAAUGAGAGCUUCGGGCCUUUGCAGAUCUCUCUGGGGAGAACAGUGAAAGACAUCUUUAAGUUCAUGGUGAUCUUCAUAACAGUUUUUGUGGCUUUCAUGGUGGGAAUGUUCAAUCUGUACUCGUACUACCUCGGAGCCAAGCACAAUGACGCCUUCACAACCUUUGAAAAAUUUUUUAAAACGUUAUUCUGGGCUAUCUUUGGCUUAUCAGAGGUGAAAUCAGUGGUCAUUAACAUCGACCAUAAGUUCAUAGAGAAUAUUGGCUAUGUUCUGUACGGGGUGUACAACAUCAUCAUGGUGAUCGUCUUGCUCAAUAUGCUCAUCGCCAUGUUCAACAGCUCCUUCCAAGAAAUUGAGGAUGAUUCUGAUGUUGAGUGGAAGUUUGCCAGGUCUAAGCUGUGGUUCUCGUACUUUGAGCACGGUGGCACGCUGCCCGUGCCCUUCAACCUUGUACCCAGCCCCAAGUCUGUCGUUUCCCUCUUGCUGGGGAUAAGGGAAUUCCUCUGGGAUGUACCUAAAGGCAAAAACCAAGAAAAUGCAAAUGAUGAGAUGGAGCUUAACAAGUUGAGGCAACAGGAAGAUCUGAGUGUGGAAGCGUCGCCUUGUCCAACCCGUCACCAAGAUACAAUGAAUCGCCUCAUCAAAAGAUACAUCUUAAAAGCACAGAGAGAUAAAGACGAUGAAAUAAAUGAAGGUGAACUGAAGGAGAUCAAACAGGACAUCUCCAGUCUCCGCUUUGAGCUGCUUGAAAGGGCCGACCACGACAUGGAGACACUGGCAAAGCUCAUCAGCCAACUGCGAGAAGUCAUGCAUGUUCAGCAGAAAGAAGAGCAGAGGAAUGAGCUGUACGGUCUUAAAACAUGUAAAGAUUGAGGAAUAAGGGUCCUUAUAGGCACAGACACAUUUAUGGACACAAACAACUGAUGAAAAUGGAUAUUCUGUAUAUUAAAUAUGAAAAUAGCUAAAGGGGACAUAUCAUGAAAAACUAUUUUUCAGUGCUUGUGCAUUUGGGUGUCUGGAGUACCUACCAACCCACAAACUGAAAUAAGACAACCCAGUCAGUUUUUUGUGGGCUGUCUAGAUCAGAAAACAUGUGAUUCAACAAGCCAUUCAGAUUUUGCUCCCCUUCCUAUGUCACAUGCAAGCUCAUUAGAAUAUAGAUGAAUCCAGGGAAACACCGGAAGUAACCAAAACGCCAUUACUGCGGUGGCGUCUCCUGACAAUAUGCACACAUUUGAAUGCAAGCUGUACUAAGAAGUGUACAAUUGUCUGCUUUUACCUUUACUUUCUAUUGGGGCUGCCAAAGUUAGCACGUUAACGCAAAUUCAUUUUAACGACACUAAUUUAUUUAAUGCAUCUUGCGAUUUUUAGGUUGUAGCGGGCUCAGUUUUAAAGCUAGA